AUGCCUGCAGCGGGGAUGAAUACACAGGGAGACCCAAAUACCGAUGGCGAACAGCCUGUCGAAACCUCCAAGCAACCGUAUCUUUCUAGCUCUACAACCCCAGAUCACGAUGAGAACAGUGACAGCUCAGAGGGAGAGCGGCCACCUUUACCCCCGCGACCAAAUAAAUUGAGUCUAUUGAACGAUGAAACGGGCCCCCGGGCAGCUCUGCAGGCAGAGGCAACGACGGCUAUCUCAAGAACCGAUACCGAGACACAAUUACUGGAAGCUGUCGACAGCCCAUACUCUGCCCUGGCUGUUCGCAGUCUGACCCGGGGUCCAAAGGCCAGGGCGAGCCUCAGCCAAUUGGCGAGCCCGCGGGGUAGCGAAGCUGGUGACUCCGCUAGCAUUAGAAGCUCAAUCCCAAAUGGUGAUUUCGGGGAUGUUGAAGCGCUUUUCGUGGAUUUUGCUGCCACAGUGCCUGUUAGUCAAAGACAAGGUGCUACCGGUCUACUUGACUUCCCUGAAUUUGCGGCCGACGAUAUAGAUGAUGAUGGAAUUCAAAGCGAGUUUGAAGCAGUUGGUGAACUCAACGAGGAAGGUGAUAACGAAGAACUGCUACUCCAGCGGUGGAAAGCAAAGCGCAAGCACUAUGUGAUCCUAUCUGCCGCCGCUAGCACUCUUCUAUAUGGUUUGCUUGUGGCCGGUGGACGACUCGUCAGUGUUGUCCGACCGAAGAAGCACUCCUUACAUCCAGGCGAUCUACAGCUCUUAUUCAACAUGAUUUUCGAAGCCGACGGAGUUAAAGCUGGCGGUGGAGAAUGUUGGAUUCCCGUCUGCUUGCCUGGCUUCAACAGCAGCGGCUAUCUCUACAUGUAUGUGAGCUUUCUCGACAUUCGUGGCGAGAUCGAACAUAGUGCAGAGAUCACCAAAGACGAGUCUGUUGCCAUCGUUCUUAUCAGUCCCGACAAAGAGGCUUUCUUUGAGAUGCAAGGAAUGCGUGAUGCUCUUUUGGAGCAAAUGGAAAAAAACGGCAGUCUGAAGGAGAUCAAAACGGCAAUUGACAAUGGCCGACCCGCAACUACUGAUAUAGUUCCUGGGACUGUCCUCCAUCAUUUCCUUUACAAAUCGCGCGCCAACGUACAAUUCACCAUGUCAUCGUAUGCCCCUGAGUUCUCCUCUGUGACGCGGCGACGAAGGUGA